AUGUUCGAUCGUUUGAUCAAUGUUUUGGAAUCAAGAGAUCGUUUACUUCAAGUUAAAUCUCUGAUGAUUUCGGUUCAUGGACAAGAUCAACUGAGGCAGCUGCUUCGUCAUGUUGAUUUGAAAGUGUUGAAAAGUCUGGAAGUGUUCAGACUGUUGGAAAUAGAAGAAUUAUCGGAUAAUGGUGAUGAUAACAGCGAGUUUGUUUUGGAUCUCGAUAUACUGAAAGAAUGUGAAUAUCUGGAAGAACUUCAUGUGAAAGGCUUCUCCAUUUCCUCUCCAUUCCAUGCCACGUUGGAAUCGUCUGUUGUAGAAGAAUUGUCUGAGUCACCAAUUAAACAUGAGGCUUUCAUUCUGAACAUGCCGGAUCUAGUAAUGAGAGAAAUUUUGAAGAAUCUUAACUUUCUGUCAAUCCAGAAACUUCGAAACGUUUGUCACGCACUCCGUGAAUUCAUUGAUUAUUCAAAGCCAGAUAACAAAUUGAUCGAUAUUGAAAUUUCUGUGAGAGAAGAUGACAUAAUGCCUAUCGCACGAUUUACAUCAGACUCGAGACCAUAUAAUAAUUCUGAAACUACCGUUCUCUAUUACAUAAAACAUAGUGAUCGCUGUGUAGUACGGGGUAAUACGACGUCAUGGAAAAAGAAAAUUAUUGAGAAGAACUUUAUCGAUGUGUAUACUGACGAUUUUCUGGUUCCAAUACUAAAAAAACAAAAGUCACCGCUGCCAAGAUUCGGUUUUGGUCUAGGAUAUAAUCCGAAUGGCCACAGAGAGUUAGUUCUUGCAAUAACGUUCAAAGAAGCGUUUGAUCGUGUAAUUAAAGUUCUGGAGUCGAGAAGGCGUCCUCUUCAAGUGGAGAAUCUACAAGUUUAUGUUGUCAAUAAUUACCAACUGAUUGAAUUGCUUCGUUGUGUUGACAUGAAGUCAUUGAAACGUCGCAAAACUCACAUUGACAAGAUGUCAAGAUUCUUCAAGAUUUCUCUCAUAACUAGAUCCGGCAUGUUCAAAAUGAAAGCAUCGUGUUCAGUUGGUGACUCUGGAUUAGACAACUCCGACGCUGAAUCUGCACUUGGUGACAUUUCUGCUACAGAAGACGAUUCCAACGCGGUAUUUCGUGAGGACGAGCAGCAAAAGAAGAAUUUGAAAAGUGACAUUUGGGAAUGA